CGCCGCCGCCGCCGCCGCGGGGCCUGCCCGAGCUGCUGGGCGGGGCCGCAGCCGGGACCCAGCAGGAGGCGACGAGGCGACCCCGGCGUGCUCGACCCCGCGGAGCCAUGGCCGGCUGCUGCUCCGCGCUCGGGGCCUUCCUGUUCGAGUACGACACGCCGCGCAUCGUGCUCAUCCGCAGCCGUAAAGUGGGGCUCAUGAACCGCGUGGUGCAGCUGCUCAUCCUGGCUUACGUCAUCGGGUGGGUGUUUGUGUGGGAAAAAGGCUACCAGGAAACUGACUCUGUGGUCAGCUCAGUGACAACCAAGGCCAAAGGAGUGGCUGUGACCAACACUUCUGAACUUGGAUUCCGGAUCUGGGACGUGGCGGACUAUGUGGUUCCAGCUCAGGAGGAAAACUCGCUCUUCAUCAUGACCAACAUGAUCAUCACUGUGAACCAGACACAGAGCACCUGUCCAGAAAUUCCCGAUCAGACCACCGUUUGUAACUCAGACUCCGACUGCACUCUUGGCUCCGCAGGCACCCACAGCAACGGAAUUGGGACCGGAAAAUGUGUGCCAUUCAAUGAGUCCAUGAAGACCUGCGAGGUGGCGGCUUGGUGCCCAGUGGAGAAUGACGCUGGCGUGCCAACGCCAGCUUUUUUAAAGGCCGCGGAGAACUUCACCCUCUUGGUAAAGAACAACAUCUGGUACCCCAAGUUUAAUUUCAGCAAGAGGAAUAUCCUCCCCAACAUCACCACUUCCUAUCUCAAAUCGUGCAUUUAUGAUGCUCAGACGGAUCCCUUCUGCCCCAUAUUCCGUCUCGGCAAGAUUGUGGAGGACGCAGGGCACAGCUUCCAGGAUAUGGCAGUUGAGGGAGGCAUCAUGGGCAUCCAGAUCAAGUGGGACUGUAACCUUGAUAGAGUCGCCUCCCUCUGCCUGCCCAGAUAUUCCUUCCGGCGCCUGGACACCCGGGACCUGGAACACAAUGUGUCUCCUGGCUACAAUUUCAGGUUUGCCAAGUACUACAGGGACCUCCCUGGCAACGAGCAGCGUACACUCAUCAAGGCAUAUGGCAUCCGCUUUGACAUCAUUGUGUUUGGAAAGGCUGGGAAGUUUGACAUCAUCCCUACCAUGAUCAACGUCGGCUCCGGCUUGGCGCUGUUAGGGGUGGCGACUGUGCUAUGUGACGUCAUAGUCCUCUACUGCAUGAAGAAAAGAUACUACUACCGGGACAAGAAGUACAAGUAUGUGGAAGACUACGAGCAGGGUCUCGCGGGUGAGAGGGACCAGUGAUGUCCGACCCUACACUUCAACCCCACAGCGCCCUCGUCGAAGCAGUGAAAUGGCCUGCUGCAUCACUCUAGAGAAAGUCCCAGGGUUUAAUUCCGUCUCCUCCACUCCACAAACACUCAGGGUUGCCCAGCGGGUCUUGUUUUAGUUUUGUCUCUCUCUCUCUCUUUUUUUUUUUUUUUUUGUUUUUUUUGUUUUUUUUUGAGACAGGGUUUCUCUGUGUAGCUUUGCGCCUCUCCUGGAUCUUGCUCUGUAGACCAGGCUGGCCUCGAACUCACAGAGAUCCCCGUGCCUCUGCCUCCCGAGUGCUGGGAUUAAAGGCGUGUGCCACCACCGCCCAGCUGUUUUGUCGUUUUUGAGCCUGGGUCUUGCUCCAUAGCUCAGCUGGGCUUCAGACUCAGAAUCUUCUUGCCUCAGUCCCCAGAAGUGCGGGUUUGGGCUUUUUUUUUUUUUUUUUUUUAACCUUUUACAUUUUACAGAGUUUCACUCUAUGUAGCUCAGGCUGGCCUCAAACUCAAGACAUUCCUCCUCCCUAGACAGCCUUUAACCUCGCCUUUUGUGGGGAGUUCAUUUGCUCACCGCACACAGUGGAUUCCUGGGGUGGUGUUGGCCGGGUCACCUGUCCUGUGUUAUGCAGUGUGAGCAUACUGAGGUAAUGUGACAGUCUGAGAACAGAGACAUUGCUGUGGCCUGUGGGACUGUCAUCUUCUCCGGGGUCUCCAGGACUGGCUCCCUUGGAAAUCCCGGUAUCUAGACCCUCUGAGGGGCCCAGCAGCUCUGUCCAAGCACUUUAUAAAGGAGUUCUCCAGAUGCUGCCAGCAGGCCUGGAGCACUGUUCCUCUUCCCUGGACCUAGAGACUUUGUCCCUGGUAACCAAGACAGAAUUGGCUUUCCCCUUCAGAAGGGCUAUGUUGAAAGGACCGAGGACCAACCAUUAAAAGAAAUGGCUUUUUAAAAUC